AUGCUGACCACAGCACAUGCACAGGGGGAGUGGUUCUCAACCGUGGACUUGAAGGAUGCCUUUCAGGGCCGACACUAUCAGUUCCGGGUGCUUCCCUUUGGUCUCUCCCUCUCUCCAAGGGUGUUCACCAGGGUCGUGGCGGCAGCUCUCGCACCCCUGCAGGCGCAGGGCGUGAAGGUCCUGCCAUAUUUAGACGUAGCCCGGCUGGGCAAGAUGGUGCCUUACAUUCAGUUCCUCCAGCUCUUGGGCAGACUGACGGCUGCCUCAGCCGUUGUGCCCUUAGGCCUGCUGUCGCUGCGCCCCAUGGCUGAGAUGCCACUCUACAAGGAGCAUCUCAACAUCUUGGGCUACCCUGAGAGGGGUGCCCCUGGAGACCAUCUGCGCCGCGGCAUCGUGGGCGUCGUCUGGCACAUUCUCCAGGUUUUAUCGGGAGACCACCACAGCCUUGCAGCGACAGCAGAGCGAGGCUCUGCUCGGGAUCGCCUCGAGCCAGCGCGAGGACCGGGCCCUCCUACGGGAGCUGCUGCAGCGUCCGGCCGCCCGGGAGGCCGAUCCCGCGACCAACCCGGCCCGACCGCCUUCGAUUGCCCUCCAGAAAUUGACGGCAGACGACGAUACCUGGACAUCUUUGAGGGCACAGCGGCGGCGUGCGGGUGGCCGGAGGAGGAGUGGGCAGCGCGGCUAUUGCCCCUGCUAUCUGGGGGUGCGCAGUUAGCCGCCCACAGCCUGCCCGCAGCCUCUCGGCAUGUGUACCGAUAUCUGAGGAAGGCCAUCCUGGACCGGCUUGGCAGCACGCCAGAGGGACAUCGCCGCCGGUUCCGGGCACUCCCCUUCGAGGACGCUGACCGGCCCUUCUCAUACGCGCAACAGCUUCUGGAUGCAGCGAGCCGCUGGCUCCAGCCGGGGGUGCGCUCGGCGGAGGAAGUCGUCGGGCAGGUGGCGCUGGAGCAGUUAAUCGCCGGCCUGCCAUCUUCAACGGCGAAUUGGGUCCAGUGCCAUCGCCCCGCCAACCUGGAAGCAGCCGUCGUCCUCGCGGAGGACCACCUCUCGCUUCCCCGGCGGAGCGUGAAAGAGGAGCCCCGACCACCGGCUGUCUCAGCGGGCAGACCCAUCCCAGCCCCGAGGAGGAGAUUUCCUGGAGCAGCUGCCCUUCCUCCACCACCACCACACGGGCCCAACCCCGCAGCCCCGACACUUCACCCCCAAGCCCUACCUUACCCUCCUGUUUUUAUCUCUCCCCAGGGUCCGGCCUACGCUUCUGGUCGUCCGGCACCACGGGGGGCUCCUCAGACGCCAGGGCUGGAUUGCUGGCGGUGCGGGCAGCCCGGCCACUUCCGACGGGAGUGUCCUCUCAUGGAGGUCGGACAGCUGGUCCGGGUUGCGGGACCGCCAGUUGCCUCCCCCGAUUUGGAAGGGACGUACCGUAUACCGACCGACGCCUCGAACAGUGGGGUGGGGGCCGUUUUGUCCCAGCAGGUGGAGGGGGUCGACCGCCCCGUACUGUACAUUAGCCGUAAGCUCGCCCAAAGGGAGGUGAACUACAGUACGGUGGAAAAGGAGUGCCUCGCCAUACGGUGGGCGGUCGGCGCCCUGCGGUACUACCUCCUGGGGCGCCCUUUCACCCUCUGGUCGGACCAUGCCCCGCUCCAGUGGCUCCACCGCAUGAAGGAUGCCAACGCCCGGAUCACUCGGUGGUAUCUGGCGCUACAGCCUUUCAACUUCAAGGUGAUCCACAGGCCGGGUAACCAGAUGGUCGUGGCUGAUUUCCUCUCUCGCUCGGCGGAGGGGGGGGGGAGUCAGCUUGCGGCCGGCGGGAUCCCGGCCUGAGUCGGGCGGUGGGGGUAUGUGGCAGCGGGGUGUGGUUAGGGCGCCGGCUGCUGGUGUGAAGGGAGUGGCUCGGCCGGAGGCCAGACAGCUGAUCGGAAUCAGGUAAUCAAUCACUGAAUAAAAGCAUGUGGUAACCUGGUUCUGGUCGGUCUUGCAGUAGGCAGGAUCCUGGGAGGUCGCCGAAGGACCUGUGGAGGAGCCCACACGGGCAACGUUUUGCAACCCGUGUUGUACACUUUGUGUUGGUGCUAAUAAACGCCUGUGUUAAACCCAAACCCUGCUCUUUCCGUCACUCUUUGAACCCUGU